CGUUCAGUCUCGAAAGCUUCGUUGAAGCGACCCAACGCGAUCCGCUCUGCUCUCCAAUGAAAACUGCAAACAAAUCUGCGCUGUGUCUGCCACUGGUGUUGUUGCUGGCAUGCAGCUUGUGCGGCACAGAGGCCAGAUCUCGACCCUGCACCGAUGAUCGCAUUGUGUUUCCGCGUGACAACGAUUCCGAUGCCUCAGCCAAUGCCCCGGUGCCUGCGUGGAUAGUGACCACAGCAGCGACACCCACAACGACAGCGCAGGAUUCCACAGAGCCGACGACGGAAGACUCCUCCCUCAAUGGCACUGAGACGACCAUUACGCCCAUCAUAGUCAAUCGGAUACUGGUGGACACUCUGCCGCGGUGUAAAUCGGGCUUCGAGCUGCGCGCGAAUCGCUGUCGAAAGUCGGCUUAAGUAGCGUCUCCAAGGUGUCGUCUCCCCAUUGUGUAGUUUCUCUAAGUCUCCAAUGUUAGUCUGAUGUUAGUCAAUAAAGUGAUAUAUGAAUAGCAUUA